UGCCCCAUCAUUGGUAUUAGUGGCAGGAAUAGUGCCCCAUCAUUAGUAUCAGUGGCAGGAAUAGUGCCCCAUCAUUGGUAUCAGUGGCAGGAAUAGUGCCCCAUCAUUAGUAUCAGUGGGGGGAAUAGUGCCCCAUCAUUGGUGUCAGUGGGAGGAAUGUGCCCCAUCAUUGGUGUCAGUGGGGGGGGGGAGUAUAGUGCCCCAUCAUUGGUGUCAGUGGGGGGGGGGAAUAGUGCCCCAUCGUUGGUGUCAGUGGGGGGGGGAAUAGUGCCCCCAUCGUUGGUGUCAGUGGGGGGGGGAAUAGUGCCCCAUCGUUGGUGUCAGUGGGGGGGGAAUAGUGCUCCAUCAUUGGUAUCAGUGACACCAAUGAUGGGGCACUAUUCCUCCCAC